CAUACAACUAUUUCAGUGUUGUGCAGUUCUCUAAUUAACGUCGCUGCCUAAUUCGUGUAUUUUAUACGCGAUAAAGUUUCUUUGUAAGCCGGUAGACACCAAACUGUAGCCACGGAGUACCGACUAGUACUUCGGGAAGACAUGGCUUUCCCACCCCACAGACCGCCUCUAGGCAUGCCCGGAAUGCCGGGCAUGCCGCCCAUGUUAGCACCGCCGUACACCAUGCCACACAUGGUCCCUGGAGGCAUGAUACCAAUGGCCAUGAUGCCACCAAUGAUGGCUCAUGUGGCCGUGACAGUGCCUCCGUCGAUUCCAAUCCUGGCGCAGCCGCCGCAGCAGCCUUCGCCGCAACCGCGCUCGCAAGGCAAGCGUGGCCACGGUUCAGGCUCUGGCUCGGCAGUUAUCGAGAAGAAGCCGCUCGUGCGCCGGAACCAACAGUCGCACGAAAACGCAUCCAAGGGGCCCCCUGUCACCGUCUUUGUGGGCAACAUCACGGAAAGAGCAUCUGACAACCUCAUCAGGCUCAUUCUUCAGCGGUGUGGCACCGUGGUCAGCUGGAAGAGAGUCCAAGGUGCAAAUGGCUGGCUCCAAGGCUUCGGCUUCUGCGAGUACGGAGAUCCAGAGUCUGCCAUGAGGGCCAUACGCAUCCUACACGACUGGGAGAUUGGAGAUAAAAAGCUUGUGGUGAAAGUGGACGCCAAGACCAAGGAGAAGCUAGACGAAUACAAGGCGAGCAAGCGGACCACCACUGGGCAGCAACAACAGUCUCAGCAGCAGCAGCAGCCUGGCAGCACAACAGAGGGCGCUCCAGCUACCGACGGCGCCAAUUCCGAAGCCAAGCCGCAGCCGACGGAUGAUAUAGACGAGGCCACCUGGCGCCAGGACAGGGACACGCGGGAGUCCAUCCUGCACCUGCUACGCUCGCAUGCCAGCGAGCUCACUCGGGGCACCGACCGCGAGCGAGAACGAGAGAGAGAAAGAGACGGCGACAGGGGUGGUGGCGGCAACAACGCAGCCACAAGAUCUCCACGUAACACUCGACGAACCAGCCCCGAGCCCGAGAGGGAGUACAGGUCCAGCAAAAACCACCGUCUGAUGCAAGAACUGGAUGAGAUGGACAUUGAAGAAGACAAGCGGAACUUAAUCACGAGGGAAAUCGACAAAUUCCGGGACACGUAUAAGCCCUCGGACCUCGGUCUGACCGUGAACUCAUGGGGGAGCUUUGUUCAGCGCCUGCGGCGUAAGGUGGCAGCCAGGCAGGCUGGCUCAGCAGCCCCCAUCGAAGGGUUGAGCGUGAAAAUAGCGUCGUACCAGAGUGCCUCGGGCUCGCACGUGACCCACUUUCCAGUCAUUUCUUCGCUUGCCCUUGGUGACUACUCGGACAGCUCACACAACUCACACUCUCUGGCAUCAUCUGACAUGGAGAAACAGCAGGAGGAAGACCGCGAUCGGGAGCGGGAGCGGCGCCGAGAGCGCAAGGAACGGCGAGAUCGAGAGCGCAGCCCAGAUCGGUCGUUGCGCAACCGCGACAAGGACCGCUCGCGAGACUUGGCCAAAGAUGACCGGGCCGAGGAGAAGUCAAGCCGGGACCGAGAUCGGGACAGGGACCGCGAGGCGUCUCGCGAGCCCAAGCCGUCGUCCGACUCGGCGCAGCCGGCUUCUUCGUCGACGUCGCAGCCGCCACCCUCGCGGUCGGACAGGCCGCCUUCCAAGUCCCGCUCCGAGUCUCCCGAGCGCGACUGGGUGCGAGAGCGAGAACGGGAGAGAGAGCGGGAGCUUCGGGAGGUGAUGAGGCCUCGAGAUUCAGAACGUGACUGGGAGCGUGAGAGGGAAGAGGAAGAGGAGGCAUACGAGCGCAAGAAGCUGGAGAGGAAGCUGCGCGAGAAAGAAGCUGCCUACCAGGAGAGAUUGCGCAAUUGGGAAGCCAGGGAGCGACGAAAGGCCAAAGAGUAUGAAAAGGAGCGGUUAAAGGAGGAAGAGAGGCAGGCAGAAGAGGCAAAGGAAGCACGCAGGCUGAAAGAGUUCCUGGAGGACUACGAAGACGAGAGGGACGAUGUCAAGUAUUACAAGGGAGCUGCCCUGCAGCGCCGCAUGAAGGACCGCGAGAAGGAGAUCGAGCUGGACAACCGCGACAGACAGCGAGAACGUGAGGAGCUCGAGGAUCUCCGGCGGAAGCUGACGGAGGAGGGCCACCCCGAUCCGGAGGCCGAAGCCAAGCGCAUCCACCACGAGGAAGAGGCCCGCCUGCUGAAGCCACAACCACACCUGCUGACUGUAGUGCGGCCAGAACCCGAGCCUGAGCCCGAGCCGAGGGGACGGGACGUGUCCUCACCCCCUGCGCGGCGGUCUUCGCAGCACAGCCGGGCGCCCGUGUCGCCCAAGGCCGAGCCGCGAUCGCCGCCUCCGCGCCGGGAGAACUCAUCCGCGCGUCGCACGCGGUCGCCUUCACCGCAGUCUGCACCCUCCACGGGGCCAGCAGUGACCGCGGAAGAAGACGGGAGUGGCCAGAACAGUCUGUCGGGUUUUUCGGACGUGGCAACACCACAGGAGGAGGGACGGAGCAUGGGAUUUGGUGUUCUCAAGUUGGGCGGGAGCCCGGGCCAGCAAAGUGGCCGCAAAAGCCCCCCGUCGAGCAGCAAGCGCAAGAAGCUGUCGGCGGCCGCAUCCCAAGUGUUUGGCAAUGCGGAGGAAGAGGAGUCCGCGGAGAGCCGCAAGAAGCGCAAGCUGGUGCCCCUGGAGGACGAAGAGGCCCGGCAACAGCAGCAGCAGCAGCAACAGCAACAGGUUCAACACAUGAACACCGAGGAGAAGCGCAAGCACAUCAAGAGCCUGAUCGACCGCAUACCCACGUCGAAGGAAGAGCUCUUCAACUUCAACUUCGACCGAAGCCUCGUGGACAAUGCGCUGAUGGACAAGCGCAUCCGGCCCUGGAUCAACAAGAAGAUUGUAGAGUACAUUGGUGAGGAGGAACCCACUCUGGUGGACUUCAUCUGUUCCAAGGUUCUGGCCGGCAGCGCGGCACAGAGCAUACUCAACGACGUGUCUAUGGUGCUGGACGAAGAAGCCGAAGUGUUUGUUGUCAAAAUGUGGCGACUUCUCAUCUACGAAAUCGAAGCCAAGAAAGUGGGAUUAGUGAAGUGAUGAGACUCGUACGCUUUUCAACAUCUAGGGACCUUUUUUUUUUUUCCUCUUUAUACACAUGAGCGGCCGUUCAGUGGACAUUCUUUCGUGACGAUCUUCUCAGUAGGUUUGUUACAAAACUUGUCACCAACCACUGCCGCCACCAUCUUACCUGUAAAUAUUGUCAAUUCUUCUUCCACCGCAUUUUUUAUGUAGAGUAUUCUUCUCUCUUUCACACACAUCUCUUCAUUGUACAAUGCACCGCUGCAAUUAAGGUAUCGGACAGGACGAUGCCGGCGCGACUCGAGGAGUUUCAAGAGAAGCGUGCCCGCUGGACAGCAAGUUUACCUACGCUUUUCCAUUGACAGAGUUCAGGCCGAGUUGCCGAGAACAGAGUUCUGCAAAUUUUGGAAGCAGGAUGCUUCCAUUGUACCUAUACGCUUUUUGUAAAUGGCCUGCAUUCUGAUAGCACGAGUGCCAUCUGGUUUCCUUUUUUUUGUUCUGCUUUGUUUUUUUUCGAUGUCUCAAAGUGAAAGGCUUUUUUGUCUAUACUAUUUUUUUAAGUGCCCAGGCUAAGUCAGUGUGUAUUGUGUGUCAUUAAAAAAACGAGGGACAGUUCCGUUUCCUCGAACAAUGCAAGCUGUCUCAUUGCCUGUGCAAUCGUAUCUUUGUUUUGAUUGGGAAAGUUGGGCUGGUUCAUGCGUUUGCAAGGGCCGAGACUUAGCUAGGACACGACCACGGGGAAACACACAGGAAGCAUGCCCUGCAUGUUGUGCCGUAACAUGUAAACAUGCAAAAGACUGUGCACGUGUUUGUUGCAUUACAAUCGGUGUUCAUAAACUUAGCAAGAAAGCCAUUCUUUUAACAAGUAUUUGCUAAAAAUACACAUUUCCUCUUUUUUGAAAGGUUUCUAAGCAAAUAAGGAGCCUCCUCGCCAAUUUUGGUUAUGUGCGCAAUAGAAAAGAACAGCUUUUUGUACCCAGAAAUCGCGUGUGUUUGUGCCUGUUAUAUGAUUUUUGAAUCGAUUUUUCUCAGUUUGCACUUUAUGGUCAAUUAGCACUUGGGAAAACUUUUUUGAAACUGCAAAGGCAGAAACUUUUUGGAAGAUUGUUUCCAGGCUGAAAUUAUAUGAGGAACAAGACUACGGACAUCUUAAAUUUGUAAAUUGGUUCUGUCGCGAGAAAAAUGUACAUUUCUGGAUCCUGGAAUAAAAAAAACAAAUUUAAUUUUAAAGUGAUGAGAUAUCUACAGAAGGAGGCCUAAAAUUGCAAGCAGCUGCCUCUACCCUGUAAUAUGAAGUGUUCAGAAGAUAUUUAUUCAGAAAAAGUUCUUGUAACAUUAUAAUUUAAAAAGAUAGUUUUCCUAGGGAGACACUGAUUUUCUCAAUGGGACAUGCAAAACUUCUAUUUGUGCUAGGGUAAUCAAAUUUACUACGUUUGUUAAAAGUGGCAUGUCGGUUCAAAAGUUCCUUUCAGCCCUGCAUCCCCCCUUAACGACAGAUUAGCCUUUUUAAAGUCACGGUGACUUUUUUUUAGUGUCUUUUUAGUGAUGUGAUCACCCAGUAAAUUUCCUGGUAAAAUUCCUAAAUCGACUUGAGGGGUUUUUAAAGGAUUUCAAUGCCUCGCACCCAUUUUGUCCCAAGGUGGGACAAGAUAGGAGCUGAAUGGGGAUAUAUGCACCUCCAUUCAAUAGACCCUUUUCAUGAUUGUAAAGCUAGCUUUCCUGUGUGGCAGCUUGCUCAACUAAUGGUAGCACAGUCAUUUUUGCAGACAGCAAGAGCAUUUGGCUUGUAUUAGGACGUGGAAAAUGUAGAUGUGGCUCUCGUGUGGCCCUGGCACGUUCAUCUAGCACUUCGUCUUCGUAUGAACAAUGACUGAUGCUGCUGUUAGUUGGGCAAAUGUGCAAUACAGAGAAAAGAGCAUGCCACCUGACUGCAUCAAAGCUGCUGCUUUAGGCAUAGCACAUUCUCAAGAUCCGAUACUGUUUAGAAAAUCGAGGAUUGUCUUCCUUUUCACGUUCGGGCUACUGACUCGCUGCCACAGGAGAACUGAAAGGUAGCUUUAGAAAUUGCAAAACAAAAUUUCAAGGAACUUGUCGCCAUCACUUGGCGACUCUCUUGCAAAACCUUUAUUUGGCGCUGACCUAGCAACAUUCCUCGAAAAAGAAGUUACCUACAUGGCUGCGAUUCAACACAAAGGACACACAUCCUGUUUUUUUCUGGUGCUUUGACCAAACACAUGGUAUCUGUGGCCUCUGUGUUUCUUGUGUGUUUAUUGUGAUGCGAUCCAAUAUGCAAGACACGUGUCCUGUACUUUCAUUGCAGUGUGACCCAAUACGCAGGAUCCCUUUGUCCUGCAUAUCUCACAUGCUACAGCUGAAUGUGUUCUUUGUGCUUGUUUGAUAACCGGACAUCUAGGAUUAUGUGUCCUGUGUGCCUAAUUGAGGAGAAACCUAACCUCCGGGAGACGUGUGUGCUGUGACCGAACACAGAGGACCUAAGUCUUCUGCAUUUCGUACAAGAGUUUAAGAUGAUUUUUUGCUCAGCCCACCAUCGGUCAUGUGUUUCCCCAUGUUAGCAUGCAGACAUGCUGGACACGUGCUGUGUGUGUGUAAUCGUGUCUUUAAUUUUGCUAGUUAAAUGUCAGCCCUCGCAAUUGCCCUUGCGGCUAAGAUAGCAGAGUUUCCUAUUGGAUGUGUCAAGUGAUGGACUAAAAAAAAAUGCCUUUGACUGCGCAGAAUGUGAAGUCAUUAGCAAGACAGAUGGCAGUUCACUAUGAUCACCACGCGAGGCGGUAUCCAACUUCUCACCUUACACUAACGCACAAUUUUAAAGCAGCUUGCUCAUAGGCAUGUUCAACGCACAGCUGCUAAUGGGACAGCUAAAGCAAAAUGCGUGAUCUUUAAUCAUGUAACACUCAUUGGCAUCUGUCAAGUACUACUGUACGCAUUUUCCUACAGUUUCAAGGUGUAUUUAUAGCAGCUUUAAGAAUCUGCGUGCGCAGCUGAGCUGCGAUAAGAAAUACUAAUGCCACACGUCUAACUACAGAGGUAGCCUGCCUCUGCUCCGAUUCAAAACAAGACUUAAUUGCAGAGGAAAGCACAUUCGAAGGCUGUACUUGCAAGGGCAGAUACAGAAAAAUGAUCAUUAUACGUGGCCUCGAAGACUGUUGGCGCAGCAAGGGAGCCCUGCUCCGUCUGCACUGACAAUCUCGGAGGCUGUACAUAUUCUACCACUUUUGCGAUUCAGAAAGGGGCAUUGGGUGUGCCCCCUAUCGUUCCAGCAUAUUGGUGCGAGCGGUUGGAAUCGGCGAGAUUGUGUACGAAGAUUGAAUAAAAGCGGCAAAGCCGCAUUUUUUGUUCGUUGUA